ACCACCGCCUUGAUGGCCGUUUUGAUUCCGUCCCGCAACAGACACAGUGUGCCGUGUAAUUCGGUCUGGCGCAGACGACGAGAAUGGUAAGCGAUAGCAAGCACAAACUCAUCAGCGAGUUCUUCAUACCGGACGAGCUCAAGGACGACAUUGCAUACUGCCAGCGAUCGUUACGGGACUACGUGAAAGUGCAUCAGCACUUCGCGCUGCAAUGCAAAAGUUUAUCUGGAGCGCAGCAAACGCAGGUGCAAGGGUUUCUGCGCGAGUUAGAGGAUGAGAUGUUGGCCAUCGGCAAGGACCAAAGCGAGCUGGUUCAGGACCUCACGAAGCGACUGAGGCUCUUCCAGCGAAAGACGGCCACUGAGCGGUCCAUCGAGCUGGAGGAUGACUUUGCAAACGGGUACGUCGCGUGGGUACUGUCAACACACUGCGAGCUACAGGGCGCCCAAUCGUACGUGCCCCGUGCCGUUUCGGAACGGUUGAAUGAAUCGCAGCUCUAUCAGAAGUAUCGACUGGUGGACGUCGGACGUAACGUGUCGGUCCUGCCGGACAAGCGGCUUCGAAAGAGGCCUGUAUUGCAGACGUCACUGUUGAAACCACUAGCAGAGCGGACCAUGGAUCCAGGAACGCAGCUCCAUCCGAAGCCUUUCCUCACCCCUCCGAGCUCACAAGCAACACUACCUCCACUGGCGCCACCAGCCGUUGUAAAGGUACCACCAGCCAGCACCACCGCCAGUAAGCGAAAGGUACCACCCGAGCAGCCUAUACAUGCGAAGAUGCUUCGGUCACGUACGUGCACUGUGAAGCAGGAAGAAACUCCCAUAAAGCAGGAGCCAAUCGAACAAGGGCACGAGCCGGCAAAUGAUUCUGAAGAGUCUUCCCCUAACUCGUCGAACGGGGGAAUGUCAGACUCAGCGGCCGUCAAACGUGGUCGGUGCAAUCUGCGACAAGCGUUGAGUAAGGUAACCAAGAGUAACCACCAGGUCAGUCCGCCUACUUCGACUAGCAAAUCAACCACAAAUCGCUGCAACCGACCGCAGCCGGGUGGAACACAGUCCAGUUCACCAAGCACCGGAAAGCGUAGCCCUUCGCUGCUAUCGUCGUCGUCGGAGUCUUCGAAUUCACGUGCCUCAACUCCUGGUACUUCUGCCAACGGCAACAGUGGAGCAGGUGUUCGCAAACAGCCAGAUGCCGCGUCGGAUGACUCAUCCAAUGAACACUUGCCGCCGUUGAUCGAGGAAGACCAUCCCACACUGCCAUGCACCAUCGACGAGAUGGACCAGUAUGACUUUCUGAAGCCCUUCGGGUUGUACACGAUCACCGACAGCAAUCUGCUGAAGGGGCGCAAAAAUGAACGGAAGCGACGCAGCUGCUACAGUACCGAGCGAAAGGACUACCACUACGGCAAGCUGGACUACUUCGAGCAGCAGCAUCUGUAUAUUAUGCCGAAGCGCCGCCAGGGUGCGAACAAGCGGCUCCUGUACAGUGCAACGUCUGCUGAAAAAGCGAACAAAAACAGAAAACCCUGGUCCAAUGGUGUAUCCGCUCUACCACCGCCGCCACCGCCACUACCUCCAUUCUUGGUAUCGACGUCGAUGGUUGCCGCUGAACAAUCUCUCUGUGAAACCGUUGCCACCGAAGCGCUGAAAAAAACGGUCGAUAAUGCGCUGGACGAACCGAAAACCACAGUAUGCUAUGUGUGUACUAAAAUUAGCUCCACCUCCGAUGCUCUUAGUACUUGUUCAGAAUGUUGCAAUAUGUAUCACCUAAGCUGCCACGUGGAUGAUGAAGAGGAUCGAGUAAAUAAUAGGAAAGAUACAGUGGAAGAUUCUAAAUCAUCCCUCUCGGACAAAGGCCUCAAUAAGGAUGAUGAAAACGUCGAAGGCGGAAAUGGAAAUCAAAAUCAUUCGGCUGUGCAGCUGUUAUCGAAACGCGACAACUUGUGCCCGAAUUGCUUUGCCUUAGCGAAAGGUAACAACCAUAAGACAUGAGACUUUUCCUGUUGUUGAUUGUUAGCUAAUAGUUCGUUAUGUGUCCACCUCCCCGCGCCGUGUGGAGGAUGUUCUGUUGUAGAGAAUGAACAAAUAAAAAUAACCCCAAAAUCCCAGCACCAUCCCUCCCUGCCCUCCGUUAGAUAGUUAAGAAGAAGUAUAUCAUCAUGCCAUGCUGUGUCAGGUGUUCGAGGGGCGAGAUCCUCGAAGGAACCAAUUCGACUGUAUGUGCAAUAAAUUGAGCAGGUUUCAAAA